UCUCUGUUUCGUUCAUAUAUUGGGCCUCGGCUCAUUAUGAAACCGAAAUAACGACUAUACACAUCCGCCGCCAAGCCCUAGGGUUUUACUAUCACUCUUGGAGAAGAUUUUCGCACAAAGCCAGCAACGCCGCGAGAGAGAGAGAGAGAGUGGUCGCCUCUCGACUGAUCAGCAAACAUGGGUAUCUCUCGGGACUCGAUGCACAAGAGGCGUGCCACCGGUGGCAAGAAGAAGGCCUGGAGGAAGAAGCGAAAGUAUGAACUCGGUCGUCAACCUGCAAACACGAAGCUCUCAAGCAACAAGACAGUUAGGAGAAUCCGUGUGCGUGGUGGCAAUGUGAAAUGGAGGGCCCUCAGAUUGGACACUGGGAAUUUUUCAUGGGGUAGCGAGGCUGUAACUCGUAAGACCCGUUUGCUUGAUGUGGUUUAUAAUGCCUCAAACAAUGAGCUUGUUAGGACACAAACUCUGGUGAAGAGUGCAAUCAUUCAGGUGGAUGCAGCCCCAUUUAGGCAGUGGUAUCUUCAGCAUUAUGGUGUUGAUAUUGGGAGGAAGAAGAAGGGGCCAACUAAGAAGGAAGCUGCUGAGGAGGGAGAAGGUGCGGCUGCUGAGGAAACUAAGAAGAGCAAUCAUGUCCUCAGGAAGAUUGAAAAGCGCCAGCAGGCUCGUAAACUCGAUUCUCAUAUUGAGGAGCAGUUUUCUGGCGGUAGGCUGUUGGCCUGCAUCUCUUCUCGCCCGGGUCAAUGUGGCAGAGCUGAUGGAUACAUUCUGGAGGGUAAAGAGCUCGAGUUUUACAUGAAGAAGCUCCAGAAGAAGAAGGGCAAGGGUGCUUCAGGUGCCGCUGCUUAAUUGAAAGAUUGCCCAGUGUUUCUGUUCCCUUGCUUGUGGGUUUUUCCCAUCUUUGGCUGCUUUUGAACAUUAGAUGAUGAGGUUGAUAAUUAUCUCUUGUAUUAUUGUACUUCUAGUUGCUGAAAUGAUGCCUGAACUUUUGGCUUCUUACGUGUCGCAUCUAUUUUUGCAGUUGUUUUGCAUAAUGUUUUACAAUUUCCGUCUCUAGUAAGCUUUGAGUUGGUCUCUUUUGGUCAAA